AUGUGUGUGUGUGUCUGUGUGUGUUGGUGGGGUGGGGGGGGGAGACGUUGGAGAGACAGACACUGCAGCAACUGCAGAGGGAAGGCAAGCCGACAGGUUCAGCUGUCAGUCACAGCCCAGAAUAGAGCAGAGCUGGGGGGCAAGGGGAAGGAGAGGCUGGUGGUGGGAUAGCAACAGAGGACUUUGCAGAGCAGAAAGCAGUUUGCAGGCACAGUAUCCCGGGGCCAGCACCUACACAACAGAGACUGCAGGAGGGAGGGAGGGGAGGGGGUAAAGUGAAGAGGAUGUUCCAGGUGGAGAAGCAGGAGUUCGGUGAGCAUUUCGCCCGGGGUCCCCGGGUCAGUGUGGCGAACACUUGCGGCGAUUUCAUGAGCGACACCUCGAGCUUGGUGAGUGACUUGGACGAGACGGACUAUGAGGUUGGCCGCUUGACAGCGUUAGCUUUCCGCAGCCUGGCCUGCCCUCCCAGCGGCUACAUGGAGCUGUUCGAGUCCGGGGGCUCCACCGACCUCUCCCUGGAGCUGUCCGAACGUAGCAGCGGCACCACCCAAUGGUCCACCUCGGUGGAGCUGGGCAUGAGGCCAGGGAGCCGGGAGCCUGGACCCCGGGAAGCCCCUACCUUCGGGAGCAGCCACUUCGAGUGUGUGGAGGUGGCUGUGGAAAGCCAGAAGGAAAGUCAUGGUGGUGGGGCCAGGGGCACAGUGCCCAAGAGGGAGAUCCAGUUCAAGAAGAGGGAGAGCGGUGAGCUGAGUGUUUUCCAGGCCAGUGCCUGCCUAGAGGAGAGGAAGACCACUUCCCGGGAGGAGGAGGUCAGGACCAACAGCCUGCACAGAGCCGAGCCCCAGGAAGAAUGCUCCAAAAAGGCCAAGUUUGCCUCCUGCCACAUCUCCAACGUCAUCUCCAAGAAGAUGCAGUUUGAGCAAGAGCUCAAGAUGGAGCGGGGGGCCGUCCAGGACCCCUUCUCGUCUGUGCCGUCCACCCCGUCCUCGGCCCCUGUCAAAGAAUUCGAGUUCCCCCUGCCAGGUCUCGCUCAGGAGGAAGAGCCUGGCAGAGGCUGGGAGUUCAGCACCGAGCUGCUGGGAGGCAGGAGGAGCGUGGUGCUGCAGGAGAGCUGCUCGGAUACUGGCCCUGCCCAGACCACCCCACAUCCCGGCGGCUUCAGGGGCUGGAAGGAGAGCUGUACCGAGGAUCAGAAAGCAGGAAAGCCAGGGAGAGCAGGAAUCCUCAGUGAUUCCAAACCUGAAAAGGCCACCGCGCACAACAGCCUGGAGGAGAAAUACGUGGAGGUUAUCCCACAGGUUACCAAACAGGCCAACUACCUCAGCCAGCCCACUGUGCUUGAAGACAAGCCCAGCUAUAAACAACUUGGUCAUAAAAUAGACACCAGAAACCCAUCCAGGAGCAGCGUAAUGCCACAACCACCCAAGGUGACACCUGCUCCUCCAACCACACAAGAGAAGUAUGUGGACCCAUACGGGACAGUUGAACAGUUGGCUCCAAACAUAGGCUCCCGCAGCAAGAUCAUCCCUCUUGACCCUAAGUAUCAGACUCUGCCUGCUUCAUUUAAAUUCGAGACUGAUGAUUGUAGAAUGGUCGACCCCCAGUUUGACCGAGGUGAACUGACAGCACAGAGAGCAAAGGGGCCCAUCCAUCAGGUGCGUGAUGUGCGUAAACUGGUCAAGAAUACCUACGGGGCAUUAAGUUUCCGUGGCUCAUUGGAAGCCAAACCUUCUGAAAUUUUGAAUCCUGAUGAUUCCCAACUGCUCACAGAGUCUGAUCAAACCAAUGUACCAGUGGCCAACAUCGCAACGCUGCCUAUGAACAUUCAAUGCAAAUCCAUAAAUUGGAAAGGUAAUAGAGAAAUGUCUUGCAAUUCAUCAGUAGACAAGAAAUAUUGGACCUACGCAGGGAGUACAGACACCUCCAGGUUAUAUUCGUCUGAUAUCAAGCUGCUACUUCCAUCUGAUAUUAAGAAAAGCAAGACAGAUACAUUUAAGAAAGCAGAGACCGAAAACAAGACUUGCAAAAAAGUUGGGAAAGGAGAGGGUGCAUUGGCGAUUCAAUCUGCAGAUUCAAAGAACAUCAAGAAGAAAAACAAAAUUGACAAAUCGCAAAGCUCACCUGCUUCAAGUAAGGAAGCUACCAGAAUUUCUCCUUUAAGAGGUGGCUCUAAAAAGGACACACAAGAGAAACAAGAUGUAAGUUUGGUGAGGAGGCUUUCAACUGGUGAAGAUCGUAAUUUAAUGUCUGAGACAGAUAAAGUCAAAAAGAGUUGGUCAGCUGGUGUAGACAACCAAUGCCCAUAUUCAUCACUGUUGAAUUCACAUUCAAAAGGUAUUAAGGUUGAGACUGGUGGAGAAAAAACAAAGAAAGAUUCAGCAGAAUCCAUUCCGAAACAGGAGAAUACAGUGCUAAACAAUAAUGUUGGUACUAAAAAAGAUGACCCAAUGAAACCGCAUAGCCAGUUAAAACCUACUGGAAGUGUCACUUCUCUCAAAGAGGAUUUGAGUUUGACACAUGGGAAAAGUGAUUCAAUAAAAGAAUCUCAAGACAGACCAGAAAAUCAAAAUAAAUUCCAGAAGAUUGCGAUUUCAAGAAAUAACAUUGCCAAAACAUUGGCUGAGAAGGAUGAGUCAUUAAACCAGAGCAAACAUUUAAACAUUUCAACUCCCAAUUUAACCAACUCAAACAUUUCAAAAGGAAAAGAUACAUCAGAGAGCAAGGUGGACUCCAGAUUGGAUCAGCAGAAGACACUUCGAAAGGUGUCUUCAUCAAAAAAUGACAGCACCCAAGAAUUAACCAGGAAAGGGGAAUUGAACAAGGAAGGUCAGUUCAGAAAGUUAGGAAAUAAGAGUGACAAUGUGGUUUUAAAGACUGAAGAAAUUAAAGGAACUGAGGAAUGUGGAAGAGAAGGUCAAGUCAAGGGGGAGCAGAAAAGUCAACGCUUUGGGAGAUCUACUAUCAGUGGCGAGGACUUACUGUCGCCAGUUGGGAAAAAGGAUGAUGUAAAGAAGGUUCAGAUUGGACUGGAAAAGAAGACUGUAGUGAUGAGUAGCUCCCUCUCACAAACUGUAGACAACGCAAAAUUAUCUGGGAGAGGUGAGCCUAGAAAUGAGUCACAUGUUGGAUGGCAGAAGGACAAGAGAUUCUCAAGUAAUCCCACCUUAGAGAGUGAAGUCAUCAAAUCAUCAUCCGGGAAAUAUGAAACUGUCAAAGAUAUCCAAAUUCGAUUAGAGAAUCAGAGUAAGAAACUGGGAAGUUCAAAUGAAGAAAAGUCAAUGUCUGGGAAAGCCAAGGCUAAUAAUGAGAGCCUGUCUGGACUUGAAAAUCGAAAAACCCCUCAGGAUUAUUGUGCCCAGAGUAGCGAAAGCAUUAAGUCGUUCAUGUACAAGACUGAGACUAAGAAAGAAAGCCUGAAUGACUCUCAGAAUCAAGUUAAAAAAGGGAAAGCUGAACAAGCUUCGGAAAAAGCAGGCAUGAAAGUGCUAAAGGAAUCACAGCCAAUCAAAGAUAGUUAUGUUUUGUCGUUGAUCUUAGAAGAAGAAAACAGGAAUAACUUGGAGUCCACUGAUGCCAAAAUGAGAAACAAACAGUCAUUAUCUGUGAAGCAUCAAUUCUUAAAUGAUCCUGGUGUACAAGCUUCUAUUUCCUCUUCAGUUAACAGCACAGAUAAACAAACUGUAUCCUCUGUGAAGCCCACAGAUCACCAUCAAACAGUAAAAAGCUCAGUGAAGACAUCAACUCACAAACUGGAAAAUCAUAGUAACUCAAAAGGUUCAUCAACCUUCACUGCUGAAAUGCCCAAGUCAACACCCAAAGCAACUUAUCAACAGACACAUUCACAGAUCCAUUCAAGUUUAACAGAGUUUAAUGUGAAGACACUCCCUGCUGUCAAGUUGUCCAGUCAGGAUAUGAACAAGUUGAGUUCCUCUGCAGUUGAAACACAGCCCACAGGUGGAGCAGUCACUCAGGAACAAACAUCACUUUCCCUGGACAGCGUAAACUAUCUUGCCAUUCCUAUGAAAGAGCAGAAAGCACAGGUGCCCAACGUGGGACUAACAGCUGUUUCUCCUAGAGCUUCCACCUUCAAAGCAAAUCCACCAUCGGCGAUCCCCUACUUUCAGCAUCAGCGCAGCGUGGAGGCAAUGGAUCCUCAAAGGCAAGACAAACAGACAGUGUCUCAUCGAGUUACCCAGGAUGCACAGUCCCCUGGUGUUCAGCUGAAAAAUCCACCUUACUCUGCUGUAAAUCAAACCCAGCUUCAAUUCUCUCCGGGUGCUAGGACGUCAAACCUUGUGGAGACAGGUUGUGAAGUUCCACAAUCUUCUCAAGACUUGGACAACUCUCCUGUGCCUUGUUAUCAGUAUCCUCAAACUCAGAGAAAAAUGCUUGUGGAUCCAGAAACAGGAAAAUAUUACUUUGUGGAUGCUCCAAUUCAACCUCCUCGUAAAAUGCUGUUGGAUCCAGAAACAGGGCAGUACGUGGAAGUCAUGAUGCCUCAGCAUCCCUAUGGUGGAGUAUAUCAAGUGCCUUUCCCUCCUUACCUUAUAAAUCCAGGAGUCAUGAGCCCAUCUUAUUUACCAAAUAUGCCAUACCCUGGGUUAUUUGUAGGACCUCCUGUGUCUUCUCAAAGGCCUAUGGAACUGCAAGGCCAAGUACUGCCCCAACAGAGUAUCCCACAAGGUAAAACAGAUUCACAGCAACAUAAACAGUAUGUCCAGAGGAGUUUCUCUGCUGACUCGGCAAACUUGGAGACCUUAUAUUAUAUACCAACAGGUAUGCCAUUAUAUCCCAACCCAGGCCAGCCUGGUCUGCAGCAAAUACCCAUACAAGCUAAAUCUUGUGCUGAACUUAGAGACAGCAAAACUACAGGCAUUUGGUCAAUGCAACAAAUUUAUGGAGUCAGUAACCUUCUCCCCCAUGGAAGGCCAAGUAGUUUUAUGGUGGAGUAAAAAACUAAAUAGGUACAUUUGAUGACAGGCUGAAAAGGGGCAAUGAGAACCUGCAGCUGAGCAAGAAUCAAGCAUCGGCCACAGAUUCAACCACACAGUCAUGUCAGAGAUGAAUGGCAUUCACUGAAAAGUAUUUUUCUCCAGACAUCACACCAUUAUCAGUCCAGGGACACACAGCUCAUCGGGAAAAACCACUCAUAGUUUAUUCAAGUGAUGUUGAAAAGCAUCUUGUGAAUCCCCAGCUCCUUAACGGCAAUGUUGAAUAUCAACUUGGGCCAAUUCCUUGCGAAUGUUUUCAUUUCCAUUGGAAUCUGUGAUCAAUUCAUGCAACGCUUGAAAGGGCUCAAUGACUUUGGCCUCCUAUUUGGGGAGAAAGGAACAACAUUGAAGGUGUUUGGUUACUCUUUCUUAAAGCUAUCGCAAAAGAGUGAUUUACUGUGCUAAGGCAGAGAGUAAAAGGGCAAACUUAUGCCCUAGACCCAUGAUUUAUAUUCUUUUUAAGCAGAUUCCAUCUUAUUGUCUAUAAAAAGAGACAUUGAAUAUAUCUGUGACUCUUAAAUAAU